AUGGCUUUGGCAGCUGUUAGAGGAAAGCAUCAUGACCUCGGUGACCUAACUGGGUUAAUGGCUUUGGCAGCUGUCCGAGGAAAGCAUCGUGACCUCGGCGACCUAACUGGGUUAAUGGAUUUGGCGGCUGUCCGAGGAAAGCAGCAUGACCUCGGCGACCUAACUGGGUUAAUGGAUUUGGCAGCUGUCCGAGGAAAGCAGCAUGACCUCGGCGACCUAACUGGGUUAAUGGAUUUGGCAGCUGGGAUGACCUUACUCAUCUGGCUUCUUGUCAUUCUCCUGACAUGUACGUGGAUGAUCUGGAACAUCCAGGGACGUGUCAUCUACUUCCUCUCUCGCCCGACUGCCGUCACAACAGAAAUGAAGUUCAAGGACAAAAUGGUAUUCCCUAAAGUCACGAUAUGCAACCAAAACACUUUCAGAUCCAGUAAAGUGUACAACGAGACGACUGGACCGCGGACGUCUGCCUCGCUGUAUGAGGCAAUAGACCGGUACAUGCAGGUCCUACAAGACGACACUGGACACCAGUCUGCGAGACAGAAAUUUAUUGAGAGAUAUGGAGAACUUCUGUCAGAUAAGAACGUCAGGGAGUUCUACAGACGUGUGGCUCACCAAAAGAAUACGUUCAUUAACAGAUGCAUGUGGAAAGGUCGAAAGUGUGGUCCAGAACAUUUCAUAGAGGUUUUCACUAACAUGGGAGUUUGUUACCAGUUCAAUACAAGUACAGAUGACAUGGUCGUAGACAAAGCAAAUAAAGAUGGCGGAUUAGACCUGAUGCUGUUUGUUGAUUAG